AUGUCGCAGUCACACGACCUCCAUCGCGCUCUCCUUCGGCCGGCCAUCAUUCACAUCCUGCGCGCGCAAGGCUUCCACAGCACGAAACCCUCAGUAUUGGACACAUUAGUCAACCUUGCCGAACGACAUAUCCUCGCUCUAGCCUCAGCGACCGCGCAACAUGCUUACGCAAGCCACAACGAUCCCGUGCCGACAAUCUCAGAUCUACGGAUGGCGCUUUCGGCUAGCGGAGUCCUGAUACCUCUCACCUCGCCCUCGGAAGAAGCAUGGAAGGAAUACAUGCGCAGACCUCUUCCGGAGCUGGCGCAAGCGGUCAAGGGUGCAGAAGAGCGCGUGCAAGCCGCGAAGCGGAAACGAGACGAUGAGGAUACAAGGGAUGUGAGAGAGUUUACAAGCUGGUAUGAUUCCGCUUCGUAUAAGGAGAUCAAGCGCGUGGCCGGAUUGAUACCUGAUCCUAAUACCUCUGGGAUUGCGGUCGGCGUUGGAGGCGGUCUGAUGCAUGGGGAUGAUUUCUUGACCACGUUGAAAAAGAAGCAGAACAAGGCAGGGGCGGAUCAUGAUGCGAGAUUGCAGGGCACAGUCCUCGGGCGAAACGGCGAUGAUAGAGAGAUCUUUGUGGAAGGCGGGCCGGUACAGAGAAUCAGAGACUGGAGGCCUCCGCCUCCGCCCCGGACUGAGGACAGAAACGGGAGUCCAGAGCAGGCGGAGAAGAGGGAUGUGUCGCCCGCAGAUAUGGCGAUGCACGAAAUUGCAGCUGCGAGUUGA